GUACUCACAUUGCUCUGACACACAGCUGAUCUCUGCCAAGAGUUCCACAGGCUCACAGGAACCCUGUUUUUCCCUUUUCAAAUAGACCUCAGCCACACAGAUACAUUGUAUCCUCCCUCACAAUAGUUUAAAAAAACCUCAGGCAGUCUCUCUCCAUUGAGGCUCCAUUGUCCCUCAUUACAUAUUCACCGAGUGUAAUAAAUGGUAUCCGAUGUUGCUUUCACUUCCUCGCCUGUAAAAGCAGCCCUUUUGCAGGCAGCUUUCUAUAACCAAAAAACCACACAUGAGCUGGUUCUUUUUCACGAAUGAGUUUGCCUUUUUAUGAAUGAGCACUGGCAACGCGAUCUGAAAUGUCUUUUUAUGAACUUUUAGGUAUCAGGGACCACUUUCCCCUUUCCCUGCAUGAACCCCAUGUAUUCCUUGUGCUGUUUCCUAGUCUUAUGGGAACCCCAGCAAGCCCUCUUGCCUGCCUGGGCUGAUGGAGAACCCCUGGGAUUCUCUUCUUUUUCCACUAUGAGAAACACAAAAGGAAAUUGGAGCCCUUUUGAAUGCCUUAUAGGACUGAUUGUGUUUGUUUCCCAACCUACGGGGAUGCUGGAUCUCGUGUUUCUCCUCCACGGUGGGCCCUACAUGUGUCUCCUAUCAAUUAUUAUUAUUUUGAAUUAUUUUUAUUAUUUUUAUUAUUAUUUCUUAUAAUAUCUUACCCCUUAUAAACGAGGCAGUGUGACCCUGAUGUGAACUUUUGUCCAGCACACCAUCUUGGCCUGGGCAUCAUCAGGCUACAUAUUAUUAAUAUGGGUUGCUAGACAUUACCCUGUAAAGAAGAAACAAUGGACUUCUUUUCCAGACCUCGGAGAGCACAAAGCCAGGCCAUCUAGGAAGGAAGAAACCUUUGGACAUUUUAAAUCACUCAUCAUAAAAGGCUUGUUCUUCCUGCGAGGGAGACAAGAAUAAGUCACCAGUGACCAGACAAAGCCACCUCCUCCUUGGGACUUUGAAUCAUUCAUAAUCCCAUCAAGGUUUUUGCCAUGACUUUUCUUUCACUAUAAGGCUUAGCAAUAUGCUUCAGACUCUCAUUCAUGAGAUUUGUUAAAUCGAUCAAGGAAUCCAUAGCCAGGUCCAGUUUGAGGGCCCGAAAACUUUUGCCAGAUCGCUUGACAAAGGACUCACCAUAGAGUCACUCAUAAUCCUGUCAUUAACACAUGUUUGCCUUUUGUUCUUCCUGUUGCCAUGCCUCCAUCUCCCCCAUUGGCCAGUGAGGGCGUGACGUCACAUGCGGGGCUCACGCUCCCAUUGGAUGAAGCAUGCAAACCUCCCAGACCAUCCCUCCUGCCUCCUGACGUCAGUGAGGAGCCAGCUGGGUGGGCGGGAGCGGGAAAUUCAAAAAAGCAAAAGUAUAAAAUGUGUAUUUUUCUAUGUAAUGGCAUGCCGGUUCUUCUUGCAACUUAUUGCUGCCAUCAUCCUGCUCCAGCUGGACCAGAAUAAACUCAGUGACCUCUGCUUGGGACUUGGUGAGAUUUUAUUGGGAACAGGGAAAUCUUUAUUUUGUUUCUCGCAAGCUUGCCAGGUGCUGCGCAACCCUCUUUUUGGGUCUGGCACGGGUCUCCUUUUCCAGGAAGACCCCUAAAUCUUUGAUCUCCUCUAUCACCUGAAGGUAUUAAGCAGGUAAUAAACAGCUAAACUCAUAGCUUCAAUUCCCAUUUUUGUUUUUUAGCCUUCUGCUUCCAUAAAACUGAAAAUAAAGAGAGAAUUUUUAUUGGCUUAAUCUUGCCAUUAUCACAAUAUGGACUUUGGGUUUUGUAGGUAUUUUACAUAUAAAGAACGGAGCAUGGUAAAGGAAGUGGACAAAUAUAUGGUGCUCUUCAAAGCCUUCUAUCCUUGAACAUGAGCCUACAAUGUGAUGCGGCAGCUAAAAAAGCCAAUGGGAUUUUGGCCUGCAUCAAUAGGGGAAUAACGUCUAGAUUCAGGGAAGUCAUGCUCCCCCUCUAUUCUGCCUUGGUCAGACCACACCUGGAAUACUGUGUCCAAUUUUGGGCACCGCAGAUGAAGGGAGAUGCUGACAAGCUGGAAAGCGUCCAGAGGAGGGCGACUAAAAUGAUUAAGGGUCUGGAGAACAAGCCCUAUGAGGAGAGGCUUAAAGAGCUGGGCAUGUUUAGCCUGCAGAAGAGAAGGCUGAGAGGAGACAUGAUAGCCAUGUACAAAUAUGUGAGGGGAAGUCAUAGGGAGGAGGGAGCAAGCUUAUUUUCUGCUGCCCUGCAGACUAGGACACGGAACAAUGGCUUCAAACUACAGGAAAGGAGAUUCCACCUGAACAUCAGGAAGAACUUCCUCACUGUGAGGGCUGUUCGGCAGUGGAAUUCUCUCCCCCGGACUGUGGUGGAGGCUCCUUCUUUGGAAGCUUUUAAGCAGAGGCUGGAUGGCCAUCUGUCGGGGGUGCUUUGAAUGCGAUUUCCUGCUUCUUAGCGGGGGGUUGGACUAGAUGGCCCAUGAGGUCUCUUCCAACUCUACUAUUCUAUGAUUCUAUGAUUCUAUGAAUAAAUUUAAAAACCUCCUUCUCAGAGUUUAAUAUAAAUUGUCAAACUGUUUCUGCAACCUCUUCUGUAGUGGGUGUCAUCCAGGCUAGUAAAACCAUCAGUGCUUAUUAAAGUAAAUUAUCUUAAGGUAGCAAACUCAAAUAAUCUAUAUAUAUAAAAGGGUAAUGAAAUUUCAGCCUAGGACAAAACAACAAAACAACACAUCUCAGAAACACUAAACUUGGCAGCACAACUCCUCAUCCAUGCCUCUACGUUCAUACAGCAAAAAGAAAAGAAAAAUUAAGUCCUAAUUAGAGGGAGGGGAAUAAUUGUUUUUAUCCAAUUGCUGCCAGUUAGAAGGCUAAGUUCCGCCCAUUUGGUCUCCUAGCAACCCACUCAGCCCAGGGGACAGGCAGAGUUAGGCCUCACUUAGGCCUCUUCCACACUGCCUAUAAAUACAGAUUAUCUGAUUUGAACUGGAUUAUAUGGCAGUGUAGACUCAAGGCCCUUCCACACAGCUAUAUAACCCAUUUAUAAUGGAAUUAAUGUCAGGGGAAAACCUUUACCCUUUACCUUAACUACUACCAAUUCCUCAAUACUUUAUUUCCCAUACCACCAUACUUCGCCACAGCAACGCGUGGCCGGGCACAGCUAGUGCUUUAUCAGAAAUACAUUUGCAUUUCCAAGCAGGCUCAUGCUUCCAGCGCUAAAUUGCAGGGAAAGCGUCUGGUUUUAUUAGCUGCACCCAAUUUGCAUCCUCAUUUAUGUCUGGACACUUGUUCAUACAGCAAGUCCAGGCAUCCAGAAAUAUUGUAUGUCUAUUUCAGUUAAUAGUCUGUGGGAGAGAUGACAGUAAUGACAUUUAGAAAAUCCAAACUCAAUAGGAUGGCCAUUUCGUGCAAUGCAGCCACAAAUUCUAACAUGUUUCUCACUUAGUUUGCUUUCAGGCAAUCAUGAGAGACUUCCUCGGAAACUAAGUAAACAUCCUUUGCAGCUAGACAUCUUGCAGGUCAAAAAUGGAUGUCAUUUGAAUAUUUAAAACAGGUAAAGAAUUUGAGCCUUUGAAUGAAACAUUAGUCAUGUAACAGAUAUGGUGUUACACUCUCAACAACAAGCACCAUUGCCCUGCAGAAUGAUGCAGCUCUUCUUUGUUGCUGUUGUGGAUUAUUGUAGGGAAUGUAGCUGUUGGAGGCGAUCUUCUUCUUUCUUCUUUUAUUGAAAAAGGAGGAACUGUACACUGACAUGUACCUGGGAAAACAUGUCGAAUAAAAGGAUGUUUUUGAAACCGUCGAAAUCGCCUGUGACAGAUCCGGCAUCUACGGCUGAGAGGCCUUGAAAUACUGUUUCUCCAAGCCACUAGAAUGCCUGGCUGCUUCAAACAGACCGUGUUUGCUUUUAUCGCUGCAUUGAGCUUUGCAUCUUUUAUCUUGAUCCUCGUUGCGAUGGGCACUCAGAAAUGGAUGAUGGCAAAAAUCCUUUGCAAAACAGGAGCUGAGCUGGUCAACGCCACAGACCCAGAGCUGGUAAAAUUCAUGGGGGAACUUUACUACGGACUCUUUGGCGGUGGCAAAAUGCGACAGUGUGGGUUAGGUGGGAGGCAUUCCAGAUUCACCAUAUUUCCACAUCUGGUGAAAAAGCUGAACACAUCCCUCCACGUGGUGAUUAUUCUCUUCCUAUGUGUGGCAUUUUCGUUCGCUCUGGUCAGCUUGGGAUUCUGCAUCUUAAACAUCCUCAAAGUUCCCUACCGGGCUAUUAAAGGUCCAGGAGGAAUCGCCCUGUGGAAUGUCCUAGCAGGCAGCUUUGCAGUGCUGGCAGUAUCUAGCUUCAUGGCUGCUGUUGAAUUGCAUAACCUUACAGAAAGGAUUGCUAAUUUCCGGGAACAUGUCUUCCAGUUUGUCAUCUUGGAAGAACAGUAUCAGCACUGUUUUUGGCUUUGUGUAGCAAGCGCAACCAUUCAUGGUGUCAAUUUACUGCUGGUUGCUGUCAGCUUGAUUCACUUCCCUACACUGAAGACCAAGCCAGAAGAAGCAAAUGUUACAGCUGAAGACAUCAUGUACUAAACAUCUGCCUCUGUCACUUGCUCAGUUUUAAACUGGCGUGGUCUAUUUGAAGUUAAUAACACUGGCAAGGGAUUACAAGACGUGGAGAAAAUAUCCAGCAGAUUUGGCAGAUUUGGGCCAGUGCUGAGGCCCAGGAUGGUCUGAUCAAGUCAUGUAUUCCAAUAUUCUUCAGGGAAGACUGAGAACAGCAUAAGUCUCCUUUUUUCACCUGUUGUGCCAAACCUUUCAGGAUCCCAGAACACAGCAAGAACAUUAUUCUUUUGCUUAAUGGCAUCUUGCCCAGAGACCAGCAAAAUCCUGAAUUUAAAAACAUGAGAAGUUUAUCUCAGGGACAAUUUUUAUUUUCUCUUCUGCUAUAGUCCUUAAACAAUGGUACCACAUCUUGAACUGUCUGGGGGUAGUGUAACACUUCUAAACGCAGGUCUCCCCAUGCAGAAGUCUGUAUGUAGAUCAAUGGGAAAAGGACUAAGCCAGAAGAAUCCCAUCUUUCUGUCUCACUUUUUUGAUGAGAGACUUUUAUUCCGACAUGAUGUACCCCUGUGGGGUGUGUACCAUAAACUUUUUUGGAGGGCUUUUCAUAAUGAGAAGAAGCAAGCAUGAGUGCAUAGCUGUUCCUCAUACAAAGUUUUUUUCUUUUUU